AGAUCAAUCCGGAGCGUGUGAUUCCAACACUGAUUGAUGAUGGUUUUGUCAUUUGGGAUAGUCAUGCAAUCUGUACGUAUUUAGUAGAUAAAUAUGGCAAAAACGAUGCAUUGUACCCAAAAGAUUUGCAGUUGCGUGCGCGAUGCAAUCAACGACUCUUCUUCGAUGCGGCCAGUUUGUUCGUACGAUUGCGUGACUGUUCUUAUCCAAUAUUUUUCAAAGCCGGAAAAGAAGUACCUCAAGACCGAAUCGAUCCAAUUUACAUGGCCUACGAUAUUUUGGAAGCAUUUCUGGCAUCCGAUCCAUUUUUGGUCGGCAAAAUCCUAACGAUCGCUGAUAUAAGUGUGUCAGUGACUUUGCUACCACUUGGAAUUUAUGCGCCUCUUCAGAAUGAAAAGCAUCCAAAAAUCAUAGCCUGGUUGAAACGUGUUAGCCAAACGAUUCCAUUCUUUGAUGAAGUAAAUCUAAAAUAUGUAGAAGAAGUACGUCAGCUGAUCCAUUCAACUUUGGAGAAAAACAAGCAACAGUCUUAGUUGAACACUGUUGAAAAUCAAUCAAAUAAUUUCUUUUAUUUUCGCUUUUAAUGCACUCAGCUUGCUGCUGAUUUAUCGAAGUAUUGUAUUUUAAUUUGAAGUUUGGAAUUUUAUUAUUUUUGUUCUCAUUUACAUGAACAUUAUGAGAAUCGUUCUGUAAAUUGAAUACGUUCAAUAGAUGCACCUAUCAAAUCUACUCUUUUGUGAUAAUAAAGGAAAACUAAGCACGCACAACUCAUUGAAAUGAUUGAAUUAAUUUCAUGAUCAAAAUGAAACCAACUUUGAAUCGUAAUUAAAAAAAAAUGUUCUAUUCAUCGCAUGAUGAUUGAGUUGUGUUGAUCAGUUUGUUUUGUGCAUCUGUUUCGAAAACACGAUUUUCAUCUGACUUGGAAAAUGAGUAAAAAGAUGAUUUUGUACAAUUUCGAUCCUAGUUCACCAGUUCGUGCGGUAAAAAUUGUUGCAAAAAUACUUGGUCUAGAGCUUGAGUUGCGUGAUGUCAACUUGCUUGAACAUGAACAUUUGGCGGAAUCUUUCCUUAAGUUGAAUCCGGAACACACCGUUCCAACGCUGAUUGAUAAUGGUUUCGUGAUUUGGGAUAGCCAUGCAAUUUGUACAUAUUUGAUUGAUAAAUACGGCGAAGACGACGCGCUGUAUCCCAAAGAUUUACAACUACGGGCUCGUUGCAAUCAACGGCUGUUCUUUGAUGCAGCCAGUUUAUUCCCAAGAUUGUUUGCCUGUGGCUAUCAUGUAUUCUUUCACGGUGGUACAGAAAUUACGAAAGACAAGACUGACCCAAUGUACUCCGCUUAUGAGAUUCUUGAAGCAUUUUUAGCAGAGGAUCCAUUCUUGGUUGGCAACAACUUUACUAUUGCAGAUAUUUGCGUAGCAUUGACUUUAUCUUAUCUAGUGACCUAUGCACCACUUAAAGAAGAUAAACACUCCAAAAUUUUGGCCUGGUUGAAUCGUGUCGAUCAAACGAUUCCAUUCUUUGCUGAAUUCAACACCAAGUUUAAAAACAAUUUCCAUGAAUCGGUUUUAAGCACGUUGGAGAAAAAUAAGCAGAUAUAAAAGAAUUUUG